AUUUAAAACACCUCGUGUGCGGGACAUUCCUAUUCUGCGUUACUGCAACAAUGAGGAAGAAGGUCUUGUUGAUGGGAAAAUCCGGAUCAGGUAAAACAAGUAUGCGGAGUAUCAUAUUUGCGAAUUUCAUUGCUCGAGACACUCGCAGAUUAGGCCCUACAAUGGACGUGGAACAUACACACUUAAGAUUGCUUGGUGGCCUGGUUCUCAACUUGUGGGAUUGUGGGGGGCAAGAUGGCUUUAUGGAAAGCUACUUCGUUAAUCAAAGAGAAACCAUAUUCAGGAAUGUCGAGGUUUUAAUCUAUGUUUUUGACGUUGAGAGUCGAGAAAUAUCAAAGGACUUAGCCUAUUAUCGCUCAUGUCUGGAUGCAGUCAAUCAAAACUCUCCUGGUGCUAAAAUCUUUUGUCUUAUUCAUAAAACAGACUUAGUCACUGAAGAAAAAAGGGAUGAGAUUUUUCUAGCCAGGAAGGAAAAUAUCGAAGCAGUUACGAAACCAUUGAUUUGUUCAUGUUUCACAACCUCUAUAUGGGAUGAAACAUUAUUUAAAGCUUGGUCGAAAAUUGUUUAUGAGCUUAUUCCAAAUAUUAAAACUCUGGAGGGAAGUUUGAAACAGCUCUGUGAAGUGCUGGAAGCUGAUGAAGUAAUUUUAUUUGAAAGGGCAACAUUUCUAGAAAUCGCUUGUCAUUCCAGAGUUCCACAUUCCGAUGUGCAUAGGUUUGAAAAGAUAAGCAAUAUUGUAAAACAAUUCAAACUGUCUUGUAGUAAAGUUGGAGCAAAUUUUACCAAGAUUGAACUACGUAAUCAGUACUUUGCUGCCUUCAUUGAUGUUUUUACGUCGAACACGUAUAUUAUGGUUGUGUGUUCAGAUCCAUCUAUUGCUUCUUCUGCAACUCUGCUAAAUAUUCGCAAUGCUCGUAAGCAUUUCGAGCGUUUGGAAAAAAUAGAACAGCCGCAUUCCGCAAUAGCUGGUCGUACUUGAAUAGUUGUCUGCACCCCGUAAUCGUCUCACGCAUAUUCGCUGCUUUUAGUUAAAGACUUCAAUACGGAUGUAUAUUACACCAACGAAUUUUGAUUAUUUUAAUCUAACCAUUGUACAGAUUUCUGAUGCUGCUCUAUCCUAUUGUACACCUACAAAAAAUGUGAUAAUGCACAGGGUAAAUGCUUUACUAAUCUGAAUGAAAACAGUCAAGUGGACAUUUAUCUGAACUAUCUAACUCUCUUCAGGGUUUCAUUGACAUUUGCGCUUAUAAUCAACUUUUUAAGUAAUCUGCACUGUAUGAUCCACUAAUUAAUGUUUCUUCAUCUCAGUUUAUCUGAAGAAAAACAUGAGAUUCACUUUCGAUUUCUAUUUUGACUCUAUGUUUCACUAGUUGCUUCUUUCCGUAAAUUGAUAUUCAUUGAAAGAUUAUGAUUAAAUAAAAUGAUUUUGUGAAUA